GCUGCAAUCCACUCACAGUUAGACAGGGUCCAUUCAGGCCUCUGUCAGCUCCACAAUGCCAUGUGGGAUGUGAAGGACAUCCAGAACUCCCUGGCAGAAGUCAGUAAUGACUGGGGGCAAAGCAUUAACACCAUUGAGAACAUGAAGUACUUGUAAAAUAUGCUGGGAUGCAACAUCAGUGGAGGCUCCUCAGAGGAGGAAGGUGAGGACCAUUCUCCUCAGUGAAUAUAUAUAUAUUUUAAAAGUGAAAACUAACUAAAUAUAUUCACAUGUCACUAAAUAAUUAAUUAAAACACACUUGCAAUGAAGGUCUACAGUAGCCUCAACAGCACUCUCUGGGGUAGCACCAUGGUGUAGCCGGAGAACAGAUAGUUUCCGUCCUCCUCUGUGUACAUUGACUUCAAUACAAAACCUAAGAGGCUCAUGGCUCUCACCCCCUUCCAUAGACUUACAGUAAUUAUGACUGAAUUAGAGGGUGAUGCCUCUGGAAUUUAUGCACUGAUUGAGUAGGUGAAGUUAUGGAGAUUGUGCUCCUAUUAGAGAAAUAGUGAGAGAGACAGUUCCUCAGUUUAGGGUUAUUUAAUGUUGAUUGGAGAUUAACAAUGUUUGCAAUUCUGUGCCAUGUCACUCAGCUGUGAUUAUCCAAUUAACUGUCCAUUUAUCCAGAUGUGGUCUGAAAAUAAUAAUAAACAUGAGUACAAUGGCAUCAAUACUAAUAUUGUUCAACUGUGCUGUUUCACAAAAGUUACAUUUUAUGGACACAGUAUAUUUUACAUUAGUUAUCUUGUUAUUUUUAGUCCCACCCCUCAGCUCCACUAUGGUAUGACGGUUUGACUUGGAAAGUUUUUUUUGCCUGGUCACAGACAGCCAUUGGGUUGUGCAAUAAAAUCCACAAGCGAAGGGAAAAGGUGAGAGGAGGAGCGUAGAUGCGAGAAUGAAUUAUAUAACGAGCAAAGUGAUCAUGCUGUUUGGAUGUGGCUGCUAUGAAAGUGAACUGUGUGAUCAAGGGUGUAUUCAUUCCGCCAAUUCUGUUGCAAAACGUUUCUUACACGGAAGCAAAUGGAAUGAAACGGGGAUGGAUCUACCUAAAUUUGUCCAAUAGAAACUCUCGUUUUGGACUAAUGAUUACACCCUAGAGCAGCUAGAUGCAGUCAACAGUGUGCAAGGCGGUAUUGAAUGUGUCACUGUCUGUAACCUUGAUUACUCAAAUAUUUAUCUCGACCUGUGCACCUACAUUGUAAACUUUCAUUCGUAGGCUGUAGCAACCUUAUGAUGGGUAUAGGGAACAUUUUAGUAUCAUAUAGUAGCCUAAACCUAUCUAUGUUACAUUGAGCUGGGUGAAUGGAAUAUGAAUAACAGUCAUCCAAUAUGCUGUAAUAGAAGUAAGGCCAUGCUCAUUAAAAAAACGGCACCUACCGCCACUGAACACAGUCAGCUAGCCUCAGCCGUGGAGAACCUGAAGUAUAUAUUUUCAGGUAUGUUCAGCUGCAGCAUUAAAUGUGAUUGGGAACUAUUAUUGUUGGUUUGCAUUGCAUUUGAUGUGACACUGUACAGUUACAAUGUAUUUGUGUAGUAAUAUUUAUCCUACAUUCCUGUGCAGUGCCUGAGAUUGUGACAGGACACUCCGUUAAUGAUAGAGCAAGCCGAGCUGUUGGAGGGCCACCACAAGCUGAUGAACCUGGAGUGCUCAUGGAAUGACUUCAUGCACGAUCAGUACCGCAUGGGCAGCAAGAACACACACAAAAUGAACCUAAUUCGAAACUACUUUGGCAAGGUGGAGGGCCUGUCGGACGACCUGGUCAAGCAACUGUGGAUAGUGUUGCAUCGCGCCAUGGGCAAGGCUGGAGGCCACAGUGAGCAGUGA